AUGGCGGCAUCAUCAUCAUCUUCUUCUCAAGUCAAAUUCAUAGAAAAAGCUCUUCUCGCCACCGGCUCCUUCGCUCUAUCAUACACAGAUCCUGAUCAAAAAUGGCUCAUCAGAAAGCACCUAACUUCACUCCUCCAAGAUUAUCCAAACUUCGAACUCUCAACCGAUACUUUCAACCACAACAACGGAGCCAAAGUUCAACUCUUUUGCCUUGAAGGAUCUCUACGUAUUCGAAGCUCCACUACACAACUCCCAACCGUACAAUUAACCAUUUGGAUUCACGAAAACUACCCAUUAACCCCUCCUCUAGUGUUUAUAAACCCCAAUUCAAUCCCAAUUCGCAACAACCACCCAUUCAUCAAUUCUUCAGGAUACACAAAGUCUAGAUACAUCGAAACAUGGGAACACCCACGAUGCAAUUUACUCGAUUUCAUUCGAAACCUCAAGAAAGUUCUCGCUAAUGAUCACCCAUUUCUACACACUGAUUCAUUAAUCCCUACUCGGAAUCAAUCCGUUUCCAGAACCGAAGCCUUAGAUCGAUUAGCCACGAGUCUCCACUACGACGUUCUAACAAUCAUGGAGAGAUCAGAGGAAGAGAUUGAAAACCUAUGGAAGCUUCAAUCAGAGGUGAAGCAAAGAUCUGAAUCGGUUAAAUCAAUCAUCACUGAGCUUGAGAUUGAGAGAGGGACAUUAAAGGUGAGAGCUUUGAAGCUCAAGGAAGAUUCCGAUGUUUUGACGACAUGGGUAGAGAUGAACUAUUUGAAAUUGACGUCGAUGGAUAUGGGAAGAAUUGAAGAAAUGUUCGAAAUUGAAUCGGAAGUGGAGGGAUUGGCGGGAGAUGACGCCAUUGAAGAUGUGUUGAGAGUAUUGGAAGAAGCUGCGGAGAGAGGAGAGUUGGAGAUUGGUUCGUAUCUAAAGCAAGUGAGAGUGUUGGCUAGAGAACAAUUCUUCCUUAAGCAUUUAUCAUCGUUUAAAACUCAGAAUUUUCAUAUUUGAGUAUGUUGUGAUUUUUUUUGUUUUUUUUUCGUAUUGAUGGAUUGAUUUUGUUAUUAAAAUUCGUCUAAAGUUGAUGAAAUUGAUGGUUUAUAAGAGAAAA